AGGUCGGAGCGCGCGCCCCGGGAAGGCAGUCCGCGAGCUCCAGCCGCCGCCGUCAGCAGCAACCUCCUCGAGCAGAGCCGCGGCGGAAGCGGGCGCAGGGGAGCGAGCCCGGCCCCGCCAGCCCAGCCCAGCCCAGCCCAGCCCAGCCCAACCCUGCCGACUCCCUCCCCACGCCCCGGUAGCAGCCGCCGUCGCCUGGAGAGAAGGUGGAGAAAGAAAUCCAGCCCCUAGCACGCACGCACCAUCAUGGACCAUUAUGAUUCCCAGCAGACCAACGACUAUAUGCAGCCUGAAGAGGACUGGGACCGGGACCUGCUCCUGGAUCCGGCCUGGGAGAAGCAGCAGAGAAAGACCUUCACGGCCUGGUGCAACUCCCACCUGCGCAAAGCAGGGACCCAGAUUGAGAACAUUGAAGAGGACUUCCGAGAUGGCCUGAAGCUCAUGCUGCUCCUGGAGGUCAUCUCAGGUGAGCGUUUGGCCAAGCCAGAGAGAGGCAAGAUGCGAGUGCACAAGAUCUCCAACGUCAACAAGGCCCUGGAUUUCAUAGCCAGCAAAGGGGUCAAGCUGGUGUCCAUUGGAGCUGAAGAAAUUGUGGAUGGGAAUGUGAAGAUGACCCUGGGCAUGAUCUGGACCAUCAUCCUUCGUUUUGCCAUCCAAGACAUCUCUGUGGAAGAGACAUCAGCUAAAGAAGGGUUGCUCCUGUGGUGUCAGAGGAAGACAGCCCCAUAUAAAAAUGUCAACAUCCAAAACUUCCACAUCAGUUGGAAGGAUGGUCUUGGUUUCUGUGCCUUGAUCCACCGGCACCGGCCCGAGUUGAUUGACUAUGGAAAGCUUCGAAAGGAUGAUCCACUCACAAACCUGAACACAGCCUUUGAUGUGGCAGAGAGAUACUUGGACAUCCCUAAGAUGCUGGAUGCAGAAGACAUCGUCGGAACUGCCCGGCCAGAUGAGAAAGCCAUUAUGACCUAUGUGUCUAGCUUCUACCAUGCCUUCUCUGGAGCCCAGAAGGCGGAAACAGCAGCCAAUCGCAUCUGCAAAGUGUUGGCCGUCAAUCAAGAGAAUGAACAGCUUAUGGAAGACUAUGAGAAGCUGGCCAGUGAUCUGUUAGAGUGGAUCCGCCGCACCAUCCCAUGGCUGGAGAAUCGGGUGCCCGAGAACACCAUGCAGGCCAUGCAGCAGAAGCUGGAGGACUUCCGAGACUACCGACGCCUGCACAAGCCGCCCAAGGUGCAGGAGAAGUGCCAGUUGGAGAUCAACUUCAACACCCUGCAGACCAAGCUCCGGCUCAGCAACCGGCCGGCCUUCAUGCCCUCCGAGGGCAGGAUGGUCUCGGAUAUCAACAAUGCCUGGGGCUGCCUGGAACAGGCAGAGAAGGGCUACGAGGAGUGGUUGCUGAAUGAGAUCCGGAGGCUAGAGAGGUUGGACCACCUGGCAGAGAAGUUCCGGCAGAAGGCCUCCAUCCAUGAAGCCUGGACAGACGGCAAAGAAGCCAUGCUGCGGCAGAAGGAUUAUGAGACGGCCACCUUGUCCGAGAUCAAGGCCCUACUCAAGAAGCACGAGGCCUUUGAGAGUGACCUGGCUGCCCACCAGGACCGCGUGGAGCAGAUUGCGGCCAUUGCCCAGGAGCUUAACGAGCUGGACUAUUACGACUCACCAAGUGUCAACGCUCGAUGCCAAAAGAUCUGUGACCAGUGGGACAAUCUAGGGGCCCUGACUCAGAAGCGGAGGGAAGCUUUAGAGCGAACAGAGAAGCUGCUGGAGACCAUCGACCAGCUAUACUUGGAGUACGCCAAGAGGGCUGCACCCUUCAACAACUGGAUGGAGGGGGCCAUGGAGGACCUUCAAGACACCUUCAUCGUACAUACCAUUGAGGAGAUCCAGGGACUGACCACAGCCCAUGAGCAGUUCAAGGCUACCCUCCCGGAUGCAGACAAGGAGCGCCUGGCCAUCCUGGGCAUCCACAAUGAAGUGUCCAAGAUUGUCCAGACCUAUCAUGUCAACAUGGCAGGCACCAACCCCUAUACAACCAUCACACCUCAGGAGAUCAAUGGCAAAUGGGACCAUGUACGGCAGCUGGUGCCCCGGAGGGACCAGGCUCUAACAGAGGAGCACUCAAGGCAGCAGCACAACGAGAGGUUACGCAAGCAGUUUGGGGCACAAGCCAAUGUCAUUGGACCCUGGAUCCAGACCAAGAUGGAGGAGAUUGGGAGGAUCUCCAUUGAGAUGCACGGUACCCUGGAGGACCAACUCAGCCACCUGCGGCAGUAUGAAAAGAGCAUCGUCAAUUAUAAGCCAAAGAUUGACCAGCUGGAGGGCGACCACCAGCUCAUCCAGGAGGCACUUAUCUUCGAUAAUAAGCACACCAACUACACAAUGGAGCACAUCCGUGUGGGCUGGGAGCAGCUGCUCACCACCAUUGCCAGGACCAUCAAUGAAGUGGAAAACCAGAUCUUGACCCGGGAUGCCAAAGGCAUCAGCCAGGAACAGAUGAACGAAUUCCGGGCCUCCUUCAACCACUUUGACCGGGAUCACUCCGGCACGUUGGGUCCCGAAGAGUUCAAAGCCUGCCUCAUCAGCUUGGGUUAUGAUAUUGGCAACGACCCCCAGAAGAAGACGGGCAUGAUGGACACGGAUGAUUUCCGCGCCUGCCUUAUCUCCAUGGGUUACAACAUGGGAGAGGCAGAAUUUGCCCGGAUCAUGAGCAUUGUAGACCCCAACCGCUUGGGGGUAGUGACGUUCCAGGCCUUCAUCGACUUCAUGUCCCGAGAGACGGCUGACACAGAUACAGCGGAUCAGGUCAUGGCUUCCUUCAAGAUCCUGGCUGGAGAUAAGAAUUACAUCACCGGGGAUGAGCUGCGCCGCGAGCUGCCACCUGACCAAGCCGAGUACUGCAUCGCGAGAAUGGCCCCCUACGCGGGCCCCGACUCCGUGCCGGGUGCUCUAGACUACAUGUCCUUCUCCACGGCGCUGUACGGCGAGAGUGACCUCUAACCCACCCCUGCCUCCCCCCCACCCUGGCCUUCUGCGCGUGCGCCCCACCCUGCUCCUCCUCUGCCCAGUAUGGCUGUCUGCGUUUGGUUUCAGCUCAGCCACCAAGGGGACAGAGCUCCGACCCAGGCGGCACCGAGCCUCCCUGCCCGCAAAGUGACAGUUUACAAAAUUAUUUUCUGCAAAAAAAGGAAAAAAAAAGUUACAUUUAAAAAAAAGUUUAAAAAGAAAAAAAAAAACUACAUAUUUUAUUAUAGAAAAAAAGUAUUUUUUUCUCCACCAGUCUUAAAUGGAAAAGAGGAAAAAUUAACUAUUUGCACCGAAAUGUUUUUGUUGUGACAUAGGAAAAUAACCAAGCACAAAGUUAUAUUCCAUUCUUUUUACUGAAUUUUUUUCCUUCUACCUGUUCCAUCUGCUGUGUUCAUUUCUCUAAUUUCAUGUCCACUUGGGGGUGGGGUAGGUGGGUACUCUUGUCAGAGGCACACUGGUGCAUGUGUGUUUGCUCGCUCACUUGUCCAUGAGAAUAUUUUAUGAUAUUAAAGAAAACCUUUUGAAAUGGCUGCUUUUCAAAGAAGAUAAUUCAUGGCUUUUCAUUUUUAAGUCUCCUCAAAAGUGUCGCUGGCCUGUUUUAUGACUGCAGUGUUGUUAUUGGUUUUUUUUUAAAUUCUGAAUAUUGCCUAUUAAAGAUAGGAGAAACUUGGAGAUUAUGAUGUUGCUUGGCACAGACUGUAUUAAAACAACACUCCCACGAGA